AUGAGGGAUAAAGAAGAUCAUCCAAAUGUUCAAAAAAAUAAAUUUUCGUAUGAUGGAUAUGAUGAUAAGUAUUCAUAUGAUCAGAAUUAUUAUAAUAAUUUAAACAAUAUGAUGACAGAUAUAAAAACCAAAAAGAAAAAAUAUAUGCCACCAUCAAGUAAUUUUCCCCACAUUGUUAAUAAUAAAAAUGGUAACACAUACACAAAGCAUAACUAUAAUAAUAAGGAUGAAUAUAUAUCCGGAUACGAUAUAAAAUAUAAUAACCAUGGUGAUAAAUAUGGUAGUAAUACGACAUACCAUAAUAAUAAUAGUGAUAAUAAUAAUAAUAAUAAUAAUAAUAAUAAUAACAAUAUGUACAACCCAAAUUAUUAUUGUACUAAUUAUGAAGAUAGGUGCUAUAACAAUGUGUCAAACAUUCAAAAUAAAGUAAACAUUACAAAAAAUGAUGAUGAUGAUGAAAUUUGUGAAAAUUUAAAUGAUAAACAUGUGAAUGAUCCUUUAAAUGUCGAAGAAAAAAAAAUGUUAGAGAGAAUAUUUAAUGAUUGCGAAGAGUGUCAAGAAAUAACAACAUUAAAUAAUAUGAAAGAAUGUAUUGUAAAUAUGUGUAAUUAUAAUUUUAAUAGUUGUAAAAUAAUAUCUUUAUUAUUUUAUAAUAGGAUAUUAAAAUGUGUAAUUUUUAAAAACAAAAUGAAUUUAAUACAUUUUUAUGAUGAAUUGUUACAAUAUUUAAUGUUAAAUAAUAAAAUGGAUAUUUUAAAAGAAUUUAAAAAAUAUAUGAACUUAAUAAUACAAGAUGGGUAUACAUGUGCGUAUUAUAAAGAUAAAAAUAUAAUAAAUGAUUUAUUACAAAUGGUUCAUGUAUGGAAAAAACUUUUAAUAAAUGAUAUGCAAGAAACGAAAGAAUUAUUAAAUAUAUUUCAUUAUGAUAAUAGAACAGAUGAAAAUAUAAAAAAUUAUGAGGGGCCACUUUAUAAUAAUCAUCAUAAUAAUCAUAAUAAUCAUAGUAAUCAUAAUAAUCAUAUUAAUCAUAAUAAUCAUAGUAAUCAUAAUAAUCAUAAUAAUCAUAAUAAUCAUAAUAAUCAUAGUAAUCAUAGUAAUCAUAAUAAUCGUAAUCAUAAUUAUUAUAAUAAUUAUUAUUUAUAUACAAAUUAUCAAAAGCAUAAAAACAAUAAAAUACCCCCCCCUCCGAGUGGUCCUCCUCCAAAUAACAUAAAAUAUAAUAAUGUACAUCCGAACAACUAUAAUCCUCCUCCACCUCCUCCAGGUACCUUACAAACGUUUAACACAAAUGAUUCUUUUAAAGGUUUAAGUUCUUAUGAUAAUAAUAGACAAGAACAUAUAGAUGAUUUUAAACAUAACUUUAAUUCUAACAUCAACAUAAAUCAUUCUAUGGAAUAUAAAGAUACAUGGAAGAAUCCAGAAAAUAUUACGGUUGGUUUUUUAGCUACAAUAUUAAAAAUGAUAUCUAAAAAAGUAAAGAAAUUACAAAAUCCCUUAAUACCUUAUACACCUAUCGAUACAUCUUAUGCUUAUCAAACUCCACCUUCUGUUCAUGUAUCACAAAAAAUGAAUGAAAAAAUAGACGAAUUUUAUGACGAGUUAUCUUUUAUAUUAAAUAAUGAGGAGGUGCAAAGUACGGAUAUAUCAGAUACGAAUGAUAUAAAUGAUGUAUAUGAAAGUUAUAAAAAAUUAACAGGUGAACACAAAAAAGGAAAAAAAAAAAAUACAAAACAUAGAAAUAAUGAUAAUGAUAAUGGAAAUGGAAAUGGAAAUGGAAAUGGAAAUGGAAAUGGAAAUGGAAAUGGAAAUGGAAAUGGAAAUGGAAAUGGAAAUGGAAAUGGAAAUGGAAAUGGAAAUGGAAAUGGAAAUGGAAAUGGAAAUGGAAAUGGAAAUGGAAAUGGAAAUGGAAAUGAUAAUAAUAAUAAUAAUAUAAAAGAUAAUAAUUUUGAAUACGAAAAAAAAGAUGAAAAUUAUUUCUCCAGUGAUACCAAUACAACCUUUUCAUCAUUAGAAAUAUUAGAUGAUAACAUGCUUGAUCUAUUGGUAGAUACAAACAAAUUGUGUAAAAAUAAAAAAAGAAAAAAAAGUAAAAAUGUUAAUUUUAAUCAAAUAGCUAUAGAAAAUUCACAAAAUUGGAGUGAAACACAAAAUUAUAAUUCAUUAAAUUAUAUGGAUAUUUAUUCAGCUCCUAAUAAUACAAACGAUGUUUUUGAAAAUUACAGAAGAAAUAAAGCUUAUGUAUAUCAUGAGACCAUAGCUCAAAAAUUUUAUGACCUCAAAUUUAAGGAUACUUAA